ACACAGAUAGAAUCGUCCGGAAAAUUCCGGAUGCGUUAAUUUGGUCCCUUUCCGGAAGUCCUUUGAAGUUUACCAUUAUCGUUCAUUGCGAUGAUUGUGCCUUAGCAAAACACAGAAUAUUGACAGAUAUUGAACUUGAAGAAGACUCGUUAAUGCACUGAUGAAAUGUAGAUAAACCUCUGCGUUUAACAUGAGCCAGAGACCGACCUUUCGACCUUACAGUGAGUACCAGCAGGAGCAGCGGAACGUCCUCACCCACAAGGAUGAGUUCGGGCCCCGGCUGUUCCGUCAGAUGGUGGUGGGGUUUGUGUGUGCCGGACUCCUGGGGAUGGUGCUCCUCACCCUGGGGGCGUCGUUCAUGAAGGACGCCCUGAAGUCUGAGUACUCUAUAUCAGUGAUGCUAUGCGUGUUUGGAAUGGUGGCAGGCUUAAUUAUUGUCGUGGGAACAUUCAUUCUUGGAAAGUUGUCAAUCUCCAGGAAAUGGCUGAAGGCCACCCCCCAGCCCCAGACCUCACAGUGCUUUCAGACUUGCUCAGUGGUGUACACGCCUUCCCAAGACCCGAUAGCAACACAUGACUUGCCGCCUGCCUACGACACCAUCAUGCUGAGUGAGUUUGUGCCUGGGAUGGUCCUGGAAUCUUCCCCACCCGCCAUGCUUCCCCCCAAGUACUGUGAUGUGGCUUCCCUCCCAAACUACGGGGAACCAGUUUAACAGAUGAAAGAAAUGUCUUUUAUAGCCUAUUUUUAGGUUGAGUCAAAUUAUUUUGUUAUGCAUAUCACAAUUUAUUUACUGUAUAGCCUUAAUUGUCACUAGGAUGUUUCAUGUUAUAUAUUUUUUAUUUCAGAUUUAUAUUUUUGAUUACGGUAUAUCAGGAUGCUUUGCUGUUAGAAUAUUUUAAUAAAUUCAGUAAAGAGUUAUUUUAUUUAAAAUUUGAUAUUAUUUUUUGAAUAAACAUCAAGUUUAUGUUUGUGAAUAACAUUAUACCAAAUAUUCCCAGAAGCUGUGAAGAUGUAUUUUGGCAGAAAUAUAUUGCAAAGAAUUUAUUUUGCCUUAUAUUUAUGAUACUUAAUUGUACGUGUAUCUUGGAACAGCCUGAUAUACAUGUACUAGUUGUAAGUAAAUAAUAUGAUAAUACUCUAUUCAGUGGAGCUUUAAGUUUUAUAAACCUUUAUUAGAAAAAUAAUAGAAUUAAAAGUGCUAAAUUUUAUUUAAGAACUUAUGAUACAAGAUUUUGAGCUUUUGUUGCAGUGAACAAUUUAUGUCAGCUGUUGACGCAUUAGGUCUGUGAAAACAGGUCAAUCAAACAGAGACAUAUUGUUUUAUAUUUAUACAUGUAUUAUACACUGACAAUAGUAAUUUUAUGUGAUUGAAUGAUGCAGUGAGCACUGCAUAAUUGUUUUUUCUUUGAAAUUUUUGUUGUGAAUCAUCCUUUGAUUACUUUUGUUUUCCUUUCAUCUGCCUUUUUGUUUGCUUGAUGAAUAAUUUAGUCAGUUCCUCCAUUAGAAAAAUAUGUAAUGUGAACAUAAAAGUACAGACAAAAUAUGGGACACAAAUAGGAUUGCAAAAACAGAUUAUGCCGUUGUACACACACUUAUAGAUAUUUUUACAAAGCACUUGCAAUGGUUUUAUACACACUGCUGUAGCUAAUUUUGCUUGAUGUGGCCUUUUCCUGGGACUCUAUAGAACAGCAUGUAUUAACACAAAGAGAUUUACUGGUAUAAUCUGCUCCAUCAAAGCUAGCAGAUGAAGGAAAACAAGACAUUUUUGUACAUACACUGUUAAGUGAUUUUAAAUGCUAAUUGAUUAUUUAUACAUUUUAUGAUAACACAAAUUUUCAUUGUGAUGAAAUCUACAUUUUAAUCAGUAUAAAUGUUUUUUCAAUAUCGUGUCUCUUCUAGUUUGAUAGAUGCAUUUCUCAGCUAUUGGGAAGAGGAAAUGGCUUUUGUAUUACCAGUAUGAGCUUGCAUUAGAAAAUGAUAAAACACUGAGUUAGAGAGUUGUCUCUCUUUGAUUCAUGCAAAGUGGAGAUUUUUUUGAGAGGUAAUAAGUCUUGAUUGUUUUGAAACAUGCUGAAGAAGAACAAUGUACAUCCAUGCCUGUAUAUCUUUCAUCAGACUAUAUUACAAAUAUCUACAUUUCUUUUAUAAAUCAGGCUAUAUUACAUAUAUAUACUGUCUUGAUAUAUUUUUAUCCCAGAGUGCAGAGUAUUGCCAGCUUCUUGACAUUUUUCUCUCUUUAUCACUUGAAUAUGAAAUCAAAAGAGAAGUUUCCCGUAGAUUGUCACUGCAAGGUGAAUAUGUUCGACUGUGAUAUUUUUUAUCGCAUCUCUUAUUUGUUACUAACUGUUUAGAUCUGUUUUGUAAAGAUGAUAAAGAGUAUGUACUAUCA